GGUUCUUUCCGUCUUCGACGAUAUCUAUAUCACAUACAAGGCCUCACAAUGGACCGCAACUUCGCCGCAACCAAGUCGGGGGCCGGCAGCAACAAGCUGGAUAAAUCGCCCACGCCCACUCUAGCCGACUACCAGGCGCAAUGGGCCAAGAUUCACAAUGACACCAUCCGCCAGAUCAAGCAGGCUCAAGGUAUGCAGACGCAGCUCCAACGUGUGAUUCGUCGCCGAUACUGACUUGACGUUUUUCGUCAGAGGAAGAAAGAAACGCACGCGCGACGAGUCGAGCACACUCUUCUCCCUCCAAGUAGCACCACCUUGACUAUGUGGCCCGCCAGCGGUUUGCUAGUGGUUUCUGCUAGC